CCCGCCGGACACGGGCCGAGCCCCGGGAGCCCCGGAACCUGCAAGCUGGAGCCCCUUGGUCUGCACGUAGUUGCCACCAUGUUCAACCAGCAGCAGCUCCAGCAGCAGCAGCAGCAACUGCAGCAGCAGCAACUGCAGCAGCAGCAGCAACAGUUGCUGCAGCUCCAGCAGCUGCUCCAACAGUCCCAACUCCAGGCCCCAUUGUCCAUGACUGUUAACCGGGGUCUUCUGCAGCAGCAGCAGUCUCAGCAGCAGCCUCUGAAUCUCCAGGGUGCCCCGGCCACCCCCCUGCUCAAUAGCUCCAUGCUGCAGAGAGCUUUCCUUCUGCAGCAGUUACAAGGACUGGACCAGUUUGGAAUGCCACCAGCCACGUAUGACAGUAACAGUCUCACCAUGCCCACGGCAACACUGGGCAGCUUCCGAGGCUACGGCAUGGCAGCCCCAAAUCUGGCAGCUCCCAGCCUUACAACACCCCAGCUGGCUCCCCCAAACCUGCAGCAGUUCUUUCCCCAGGCCACACGUCAGUCCCUGCUCGGCCCUCCUCCUGCAGGGGUCCCCAUGAACCCUCAGCUCAGCCUCUCUGGGCGGAAUCCCCAAAGAAAGGCUCGGAACUCCUCUUCCAUCCCCCCAAAUCGCAAGGAUUCUUCUUCCCAGACAGCGCCUCUGGAAGACAGGAAAGACCCCCUUGAGGGGUUUGAGGAUGACUCUGCACUCAGCACUGACACACUGGAAGACCAGGACUCGCCCACUCACCCCGAUGGCACCACAAGUGAGAGGCGCCCCCUGGCAGUUGAGGCUGCACCUCAUGAGGACUCGGAUCCGCCAGCCAAGAGGUUGAAGAGCUCAGAGGAAUUCACCAAGAAAAGGCCUCCUGGGCAGCUACAGGCAAAGGUUCAGCCACAAGCCCGCAUAACAGCACCAAAGCAGACCCAGACCUCUGAGCCACUGGGCACCCAAGUGCUGCCACGUAUCCAGCCAUGGGUUUUGCAGACCCAGGUGCAGCCACAGACUCAGCCUCCAGCAGACACACAGGUGCAGCCAAAGCUGCAGAAGCAGGCGCAAACACAGACCUCUCCAGAAUACUUACUGCCAGAGCCGGAGCAGGUACAGCUCCAGGUACAGGUACAUACCCAAGAACAGGCCAGGAACCAGCCCCAGGAGCAGCCUGCAGAGCAGGUGUCGGAGCCACCCCCAGAGCAGACCCAGGACGAGACUGAGGACCAGCCUCAGGAGCCAGUGUCCAUCUCAGAGCAAGCACCAGACCUGGCUCAUGACGCCAUAGUGGAGGCCCUAGCCAGCACCGCAGAAGCUGGGGGAGGCAUGGAGGAGGCCUCGCCAGAGUCAGAGUGCGCCCAGGUCAGCGAGGAUGUGACCCAGGAGGAGCCGCCCAGCGGCCUGGAUGUGGGAGAAUGUGAAAAAAGGGCAAAAGAGAUGCUAGGGAUGUGGGGUGCCGGGAGCUCCCUGAAAGUCACCAUCCUGCAGAGCAGCAACAGCCGGGCCUUUAGCACUGUACCCGUCACAUCCGGGCCCCGUCCUGGUGACUCCAGCUCCGCCACCCCCACAGGCUCCAGUGUACCUUCCAGGCCAGCCCUCCAGUUCUUCUGCUAUAUCUGCAAGGCCAGCUGCAACAGCCAGCAGGAGUUCCAGGACCACAUGUUGGAGGCUCAGCACCAGCAGCGGCUUGGGGAGAUGGAGCACGCCAGCCAGUCCUGCCUGCUGUCCCUGCUGCCCAUGCCCCGGGAUGUCCUGGAGAGAGAGGCAGAAGAGCCACCACCAAAGCGCUGGUGCAAUACCUGCCAGGUAUACUACAUGGGGGACCUGAUCCAGCACCGCAGGACCCAGGACCACAAGAUCGCCAAGCAAUCCCUGAGGCCCUUCUGCACUGUGUGCAACCGCUACUUCAAGACCCCCCGAAAGUUUGUGGAACAUGUGAAGUCUCAGGAACACAAGGACAAGGCUGAGGAGCUGAAGACUCUGGAGAAGGAGAGAGCCAGCCCUGAUGAGGAGCACUUCAUCACCGUGGACGCCGUGGGCUGCUUUGAGGGCGAUGAGGAGGAGGAGAAGGAUGAAGAAGAGAUUGAGGUUGAGGAGGAAUUAUUGAAGCAGGUGAGCUCUGGAGACCUGUCUGUGGAGGAGUGGAAGAACGCAGAGACCUGCGACCCCGACACUGCGUAUGGUGUGGACUUGCUGGUGCCGGUCAUGGGCUAUGUGUGCCGCAUCUGCCGCAAGUUCUACCACAGCACCUCGGGGGUGCAGCCGUCCCACUGCAAGACCCAGGCCCACAUCGAGAACCUGCAGAAACACAAAGCAGCCAAGAAGCCCAGCCCCACAGUCCAUCGGCCUGUGAGCCGCCGGUGUGCCAUCAAUGCCCGGAAUGCCUUAACUGCACUGUUCACCUCCAGCAGCAGCAGUGGUCGCCUGCCCACACAUCUCAGCUCCCACGACAGGGCCAAGGCCCCCAGCAAGGUGAAGCGUCAACCCCCCAACCUCCUGCCCCGACCUCGGCGCUCAACCCGCUUCAAAACCUGAUGGCAGGCUGGGGACCCCGAGCAGCCAGUGCUUUCCAGGAGCCCGUGUGCAUGUGCUUAGUAAUUUCACUCAAAAGCCAAUAAAAGGUCACUGGGC